AUGAAGUUAGGUGAAGCAUUAAAAGUUCAAAACAAUUUAAUAACAAAAGUAAACCACAUCAGAAAAUUAAUUUUCAAAUGCUUAAAAGCUCAAGAAGGUGAUACACCACCUUUCAAAGUCGAUGAAUUAUAUAAAGAAUAUGUAGAGCUCAAUAUCAAAAUAAGACAAUUAAAAACAAGUAUCUUGAUAGCAAACAGUAAAAUUCAAAUUAGCCUGGAAAGAUCAAUGAUGGAAUCUAUAGUUGAAAAAGAUGUGUGGUUGAUGCAACAAGAAAUGUUAUCAAGUAUAAUAGAAAAUGGAAUAAUAACAAAUUCAUACAAUCACCUAAUCAAAGAUAUUUCUUUGGUGGAAGUUACAGAAUAUGAAGCUCAAUAUAAUAAAGUUUGUGAAGUGAUAUGGACUCUAGACAUCAAAAUUCAACAACAAAAUUGGUUAAGUGAUAUAGAAACCUAA